AUGCAGGCGACAGCCUUUGGCAUUGACAACUCCACCGGCUGCCGUACUGUAGCCAUCAAGAUGCUCAAAGAGGGAGCCACGCCCAGUGAACACAAGGCUCUGAUGACCGAGUUGAAAAUCCUCAACCACAUGGGACACCACCUGAACGUGGUCAACCUGCUGGGAGCAUGCACCAAACCAGGAGGUCCUCUUAUGGUCAUUGUGGAGUACUGUCGACAUGGCAACCUCUCCACGUACUUGAAGACCAAGAGAGAGGUUUUUGUGUACACAAGGGUGGUUGCAGAAGGGGAGAGUGGAGAGGAGAGCAGUGUGAGCGGCCUGUCCAGCACUCAGGGCAGCAUCAUCUCCAGGUCUGAUGAGGAGAAGGAGAGCAUGCAGGAGGAGGAUUCUCUUUCCCUCUAUCCCCUGUUUCUAGAGGACCUGAUCUCUUUCAGUUUCCAAGUGGCAAGAGGCAUGGAGUUUCUUGCCUCUCGCAAGUGUAUCCACAGGGACCUGGCAGCCAGGAACAUCCUGCUGUCUGAGAACAAGGUGGUGAAGAUCUGUGACUUCGGCCUGGCCAGAGAUCUCAACAAAGACCCGGACUACAUCCGCAAGGGAGACGCCCGGCUGCCACUGAAGUGGAUGUCCCCAGAAUCCAUCUUUGACAAAGUGUUCACCAACCAGAGUGACGUCUGGUCCUUCGGAGUCCUGCUCUGGGAGAUCUUCUCUCUGGGAGCCUCUCCGUACCCUGGGCUGCACAUUGAUGAAGACUUCUGCCACAGGCUGAAGGAAGGCACACGCAUGCGUGCCCCUGAGUACAGCACUCCAGAGAUUUACAACACUAUGCUAUCCUGUUGGGAAGCCAAUCCUUCAGACCGUCCCACUUUUACUGGACUGGUGGAGACACUGGGAGACUUGCUACAGGCAAGGGUCCAGCAGGAUGGGAAGGACUACAUCCCUCUGGACACAUUAGAUUGUGGCGAGGCAGGCAGAGAAGAGAAGUCGUCCACCUCCACUGCCCUGCCUCACAGAGUCAGCAGUCUGGGUUACAGGAACACAGAAGGGGUGGUGCCGCCUCAGACAUUUGAGGAACUACCCUGCAGGGAACCAUCUGACCCUGAAGAUGAGCAGAGUGACAGUGGCAUGAUCCUUCCCUCGGAGGAGCUCAGGUGCGUCACGUGGAGCAGCCGCACCAAGACCAGGAGCCUCAGCAGGUUCUUCACCAUCGAGAAGUGCCGGGAAAGCCUGUUGCCCUGCAUGUGUAACGACGGGACGGGUCUCCAUGACGACGAGCCUCCCGUCCUCGCCUACGACUGUGACUCGGAGACGGACUGCUCCCCUCCCCCCGACUACAACUCCGCCUUCCUCUACCCCUCGCUCUGAAGACCCUAAAGCCCCUCUGACCCCAGCCUCCUAGCACAGCAACAACUGUCACCUCACCUUGGAGCUGUAGUACAUUAGUAGUCUACCUCAGCCCCCUCAUCUCAUCAUGGUUUUUCAUCUCCGAGUCUAUAAGGCUUCACAGGGUGAGGGCCAGACAUCCUCUUUCAUCAUCAUCAAAACCUGAACUGACUCUGUCCACUCCCUUCAACAUUUCUUCCCCUCUGCAACUUCUCACCAUCUGUUCUAGGGAGUCAGGUGGCUGAACGGUUAGGGAAUCGGACUAGUAAUCAGAAGAUUGCAGGUUCGAUUCCCGGCCGUGAAAAAUGACGUUGUGUCCUUGGGCAAGGCACUUCACCCUACUUGCCUCGGGGGGAAUGUCCCUGUACUUCCUGUAAGUCGCUCUGGAUAAGAGCGUCUGCUAAAUGACUAAAUGUAAAUGUUCUAACACCGUCUUCGUUGGCCACCUUUCCUCCUUCUCUCUACCUCUUUCACCACCCCAGACUUUUCACCGCUCCUCUCCUCUAUCCAUCCCCAUCUCUACCAUCACUACCCAUGAUGCAACACUUUCCAUUCAAAGCUGCAAAUCCUCCGCCCUCCCCCAGCGGUUUAUCACAAAUGCUGUAGUACAACAUAGCUUCCUCAACAAGGCACCAUUCCUUAUUCCACUCAAACCCUCGGCCUGACUGAGGGUUUGCACCUUAUACAUAGAGGUUAGAACACAAAGAUAAUCCGUAAGAUUACGACAUCAAAGCGUGUUGAAAAAGGUCGACUAGCUUGAGUAUGGUGUGUGUACUGUCUUCAACCAGCUUCAGGAGGUGUGACAGGCAGGUAUCCACUUACUUUUGGCAAUAUAAUGCAGAUGCAGUAGACCUGUGACCUCUGAACAGGAGUUUAUGCUUAGUUAGAGACAGAGUGCCAAGCCUUCUAAGAGCAGCUAAAUAAGUGACAGUAUUAUUCUCACACAUCAGCAAGUAGCCUUUCACACUUGUGAACUUUAUCAUAGCUAACAUCUAUAUUGGUACCUAGCUACUACACCAAGUUUUAAGAAGAGGAACAUCUAGUCAAAAUAGAACAGAAUCGAAAAGGUUCGCACUCACUUGUAUGCUGGAAGAUAUUUGUAGAAUAACGUAUUAUACUAUAUCCUAUUUAUUUUCAUUUAUAUACCAGUACCAACGUGUUGCAGCUGUGGUGAAGAUCCACCUGACAGUGUCCUGGGCCCGUCUACAACAUGAACUGUAUGACACACACCAGCCAGUCUGGAACACUGCCAACACCUUGUUUAUUUUGCACUGUAUGUAUUCCAACACCUUUAAAUGCUUCAAAUAAAAAACGAGCACUCAACAAAAUGUUGCAGU